CGGUGUGCCAGCUCACACCUACGCUCCACACACACUCUGGGGGCAGAAUAUCUCUCUCCCUGCUCCUCAUCUACACCGUUGACGCCUUAAGAAAACCCGGACCACCCAAGGGCUCGGGAGAGUGCACGCUGGGAGGCCUGGGUGGGUGAACGCGCCGAAGGAUGGCCGUGUUUUGGAAAGCAGCGGCAGGUGGACUGCUCCUCGCUGUGAUCUUACUGCCGUGGAGAGCCGAGGGCCAGGGGAACGGGCGGGAUAAGAAGGAAGUCUCCGGCGACUCCACCGUCCACCUGGGUCAGCACAGAGAGCCGUGGAGGCCGCUGAUGCACACACGGGUCAACCUCACCGAGAUCAGGAGUAUCAAGUCUUCCUUCCAGUUCCGGACGUUUGACCCUGAAGGUGUAGUUUUCUACGGAGACACCAAAAAUGGAGCGGACUGGUUUGUUUUAUCCCUUAAAGAUGGAUUCCCCCUGAUGCAGAUCCGCAAAGAAGAUGUGCUUGUCAGUGUGGCGGGUGGGCCCAAGCUCAACGACGGGAAAUGGCACACUCUGGAAGUGAGCAACCAGGGGAAGUUUGUGACCCUGGAGGUGGACGGCUCACCAGGGCUGGUGGUGGGGAUGCAGUCCAACCAGAUGGAGGAGGUGCUUUAUGGACAACUACGCCUGGCCCUGGGUGGGAUCCUGAUCCACACAGACCAGAUGAUUGUUCAGUUUGAGCCGCAGAUGGACGGCUGCGUGAGGGGAGGGAGCUGGCUGAACCUCAGCGUCCCCUGGGAGGCGGCAGCAGAGGUGUUGUGGCCCUGCUAUCAAAACAUUAAACCUGGCAGCUUCUUCCCCGGCACUGGAUUUGCCAUUUUCAACACCUCAGCGUUCGCAGUCAAGGAAGAUCUUGGAUUCAGGAUUGAAUUAUGGGGCGACUUCAGUCUGAUGGACGGAACCGUUCUGAGCAUCAAACCUUCAAAGGAAGAACUGAUGUUUACCGUCGUAGCCAAUAAUAACACAAAGGAGGUUGAACUCACUUUUAGGGAAGAAAAAAUUGUUGUGAAAAACACUUUCAACAGAGUGCUGAUUACCUUCCUGAAGGAUUUACUCAAAGUGCAUCAAGAUGAAGAUGAAUCAAAAACUAUUACGUUACCUGUCAGUCCAGCGAGCCACCCCGGUUACUUGGCAACAUGGACAGGCGGUCGUCUCGCCAUUGGAGGUCUGCUGGGUGACGGUGAAGAUAGUGUCGGCUCCCAUUUCUUGACAGGAUGUCUGGAGAAGAUCCAAGUCCAAGGAAGAGAUUUGGAUCUGGAUUUAGCUGUGAAACACAUGUCAGUUUCCUCUCACAGCUGCCCUGCAUAAACAACUAAGGCACACAAUCACCGUACACGGAUUGGAUGCUGGAAGUUGAUGCCUUUACUUCGCUGCCUGUGGGCCCGGGUGACAUAUCAAUACAAUGUUAAAACAUAGUAAACUGUAUGAGACACGUGUGUUUGGAGAGGUCAUUAAAUACGCCAAAAGAGCAAAAGCUGAGGAGACCAAAAAAUUGUUUCAUGCAUAAUAUAUUUUUCCAUCCAUCAGUCCACCAACGUUUAAACUACUCAAUGCAAAGUCAACUGAGAUCAUUGGAGCAAUUAACCUCAGAAAUAUGCAUAAAGGAGGACCAGGUUCAAGCCCCCGGAAUGGCAACCGAGAUGAACCAUCUUUGGCCUUUAACCCUAAUUGCUCCCCGGGCGAUAUAGUGUGUUUGUUCUCUCAGAUGUAAGUCGCUUUGGAUAAAAGCAUCUGCUAAAGUAGUAGUAGUAGUAAUAUAAUUCACUCCCAAAAUCAUAAUAUACUUAAAGGUAUAUAUUUAAGUCUCCCAAUGUGACAGAAUGUACAGAUUCACGUCAGACAUUGUAACCUUGAUAAAAACAAAUGCAAUGUUUCCAAUAACAAUUUGUUAUUGAUGAAAAUUGAUGAAUUGCUAAUGUAUUCUACUCUUAUUAAGGAAAGGCAAGUUUAUUUGUAUAGCACUAGGGCUGCAACUAACGAUUAUUUUAAU